CCGGGCGGGGGCCCUACAAGACCCGAGCGGAGCGCCAUGGGCCGCGCGGGCUCGCACCCGGCCUCGGCGCCGCUGCUGCUGCUGCUGGUGCUGCUCCGGGCCGAGCGGCUGCCGGGCGCCGAGCUCACCUUCGAGCUGCCGGACAGCGCCAAGCAGUGCUUCCACGAGGAUGUGGAGCGGGGCGCCAGGUUCUCCCUGGACUACCAGGUCAUCACCGGAGGCCACUACGACGUGGAUUGCUACGUGGAGGACCCCCUGGGGAACACCAUCUACCAGGAGACCAAGAAGCAGUAUGACAGCUUCACGCACCGGGCUGAGGUCAAGGGUGUUUAUCAGUUUUGCUUCAGUAAUGAGUUUUCCACCUUCUCUCACAAGACCGUCUAUUUUGACUUUCAAGUGGGCGAUGAGCCCCCCAUUCUCCCAGACAUGGGGAACAGGGUCACAGCUCUCACCCAGAUGGAGUCCGCCUGUGUGACCAUCCACGAGGCCCUGAAGACGGUCAUUGACUCCCAGACACAUUACCGGCUCCGCGAGGCGCAGGACCGGGCCCGGGCCGAAGACCUCAGCAGCCGGGUGUCGUGCUGGUCCAUCGGCGAGGUGAUCGCCCUGCUGGUGGUCAGUUUCAGCCAGGUGCUGCUGCUGAAGGCCUUUUUCACGGAAAAGCGAGCCAGCCCCCGGGCGCUGCACUCCUAGGCCCUGGCUUCUGCCCCGGGGCCCC